GUUUUAGCAGAAAUCAAGCAGCUCCAUCUUCUUCCAAGAAAUGGCGUCCAAAACCCUAAUUCGAACCGGAGCUUCCUUCGUGAACCGGUUCCUAUCCAAGCCAUUGCUACACCCGAACCCGAAUCCGAAUCGCCAGAUUGUAUCUCACGGCCUCGGAAUCACUCCCAAGCUGUUCCCGUCUCUCUCCCACUUCGAUACCUCCCUCCGUUUUCCCCAAAACGAUGCCGAAUCGCUGAAACGGGUCUCCUCUGAAGGCUUUUGGUACCCCUGCGGCCUCCCUUAUCUUCCGUUCUACUUACCUGACGGAGAUGAAUCUUCAUCAACAGAGCCAAUGCUAUUAUUUCCAAAGCGAACCUUCCAGCCUAGUACCAUCCGGCGGAAGAGGAACCAUGGAUUUUUUGCUCGCAAGGCAACCAAGGGUGGACGAAGAGUAAUAGCUAGAAGGAUAGCAAAGGGUCGAGCAAGGGUCACAGCUUAACAUUUCUUUCUCUGGCCUAGUCUUACCUUGGGAUCUAGUCGAGAAGUUUACCUUUGGAUCAUGGUAAUGUUUGGUUUCUUUUGUAGUUGUUUAGCCUUUGAGUGCUGAGGCUUCUUUACCGGAGAACAAGAAUUAGUUUGAUGACAUUUUCUUCUGGCAACCUUGAAGGUGUCGGCUAUUAAAUCACGUUCCAUGUAUUUAUGACUGUCACCAAUUUCUUGUUAUCUCAGAAUUUCAUAAUGUUUGCCAGUUUA